AUGGCAUUGACCACUGUCUACGCCAAGCCAGAUGUGCCACCGCGCUCAGCUCCUGGCGGCUGCAGGAAACUUCCCGGUCCUUGGUGGUACUGGGUGCUGCUGGGAGCUGGAUGGGUUGGGACCGCAGUCCUGGCAGGCAUUGUGCUGUGGCUGCUGCAGCAACAGGGCAGCAGCACCAACCUGCAGGUCAAACCCAUCCUCAUUUCAGGUGGAAAUGGCCCCAUCCUGAGCCAGGGCUCAUACUCCUGGGAAACUUGCCCGACCAAUACCAGCCGAUCGAACAUCUCAGAGUGCGAAUGCCCCCUGAGGUGCUUCAGGCUGCAGCUGAGACAACGGCUGUGCGAGCAAGGAAGCCGCCAUGCAACAGGCACCUCGGUUUGCCGGCUGUGUCCCGCAGGCUGGCAGCCAUUUGCAGCCAAGUGCUACUGGGUUUCCACAAAAACCGGAGCCUGGGAGGUGGCGGCAGAAAACUGUUCAUACCAGCAAUCUCAGCUGGUCACGCUGAAGAGCGUGGAGGAGAAGACUUUUGUCAGGGACAUGAUCGGAAACACCUCCAGAGCCUGGCUGGGGCUGAGCAUCAACCAGACGAGAGGGAAAAAUUGGACAUGGGAGGAUGGAUCCCCUUUACAGGAAGCUUUGUGAGUACUGUCCUGCUCUGGUUCAUGAGCAGGUUGCAAGAACCAUGUCCCAGGGGAAAUAUUUCCCAGCCUGAUGCUCACCACAGACCUGGCUACUCCGAAAAUCCCUCUGGAGCCAGCAGUAAGGCUCAU